GGACCUGACCAGACCCGCUCGGACCUGCAGCGCCCGGCUCCGCGACCCCGCUGCGCCCUCCGCUGCCCGCUGCUGGGUCGGCCGUCCCGCUGAGCUUUUGGGGAGCAAACUGCUCUCCCGCACCCGGAGUCCCAGAUGGCUUCAGUGACCGAUAGUAAAGCCGGGGUCAAAGAUGCCUCCGACCAGAAUUUUGACUACAUGUUUAAACUGCUCAUCAUCGGCAACAGCAGCGUUGGCAAAACCUCCUUCCUCUUCCGCUAUGCUGAUGACACCUUCACCCCAGCCUUCGUCAGCACUGUGGGCAUCGACUUCAAGGUGAAGACAGUCUACCGCAAUGAGAAGCGAGUGAAGCUGCAGAUCUGGGACACAGCGGGGCAGGAGCGGUACCGGACCAUUACCACAGCCUAUUACCGUGGGGCCAUGGGCUUCAUUCUGAUGUAUGAUAUCACCAAUGAGGAGUCUUUCAAUGCUGUGCAAGAUUGGGCUACUCAGAUCAAGACCUACUCCUGGGACAAUGCACAGGUUAUCCUGGUGGGAAACAAGUGUGACAUGGAGGAAGAAAGGGUUGUUCCCGCUGAAAAGGGCCGGCUCCUCGCAGAGCAGCUUGCGCCUAGUAUGUGGCCUCGCACUGAGAAGAUGCUGCUCAAAUAUGUUUCAAUUAAAUGUGUAUUAUGUUAUGUAUUUGGCUACUCAUUUUACUUCAAUCCAAUUAAGACUUCUGAGUACCUGCUCUAUGCCAGAUUCGCUGGAACAACGGACCCCUCCGUGCUGGGUGCCUCCAAGAACACCCGUCUCUCGGACACCCCGCCGCUGCUGCAGCAGAACUGCUCAUGCUAGGCAAGGCCCACCCUCCUGACCUCCCUUCAUUGUGGCCCCACCCUCACUCUGCUUCCCCUGUUACACUCUGUCCACCCCAGCCCCGAGCCAGCUGCGUUGCUGCUGUUCUUUGCCUGCCUUGGAGGUGGACGCAUGCCCGAGGGGUUCUCUGCAGAUGGCCCCGCUCACAGACACUCAGCACUAGACGAACAGCCAGGUUGCAAUGUGGGUGCAGAUUUACAGAAGACUCCAUUUUGCAAAGGGGAUUCACUACAGGGACUUGGAAAGCAAAUCUCUUUUCUGCCUUUAGAAUAAGAUAUCCUCCAUUUACCAAAACUUGACACACACACACACACACUUGCCAGGGCCUGGCCGACUGUGUAAAGUGAGGCCCACCUGCAGCUAAUCCUAUUAAAGAAAACCUCCCCAUA